GUAAAUUCGGGUAUAAAUAGUUGUUUUCUUAUUUUGCCGAAUAUUGUCCAAGACCAGUAUUAUUAUUGUAUUGUUGUGGUCUAUAAAUAUAAAUAAAUGGAAAAUAAUAUUUAUCUAUAUUAACUUGCACUUGAUGCCUGAUGGACAACAAUUGUAAAAAUAAUACCUAUUUCUAUUAGUUCGAUGCGAUCGCCGAUCCGUGAUGUGCGUGUGUUCGUAAUUCGAGUGUUAUAGUUUUGUUUUGUUUAUUUUAUUAUUUUAUUGCGCCUAAUCAGUACCUACUAGCUCCUUAUUUAUAUUUCUGGUUUUACUGUAUAUUUUAAAAUGCUAAAAGAAAAAUUAUCGGUUGCAACCGGUCUAAGAAACUACGUUUCUGAAUUUGGAAAUAUAUUUACAACAGACAGUAAAAUUUUAUUUUGUACAGUAUGCAAUAUUAAAAUUACGAGUGAUAAACGUUUUUCUGUAACACAACACAUAGCCACUGAAAAACACCAAAGAGGAGUUAAUCGUACAGAAAAAAAAAAAAACUCAGCAACUUAUCUCAAAAGAUUCGUCAUCUAAAUCAUCAUUUAAUAAUGAUUUAUGUAAAGCCAUGCUUAGUGCUAACAUCCCGUUAAAUAAAUUAAGUAAUACAUAUUUCAAACAAUUUUUGAUAAAAUAUACGGGACAAAAUAUUCCAGAUCAAAUAACAUUACGCAAAGUUAAUGUUGACCAUUGUUACCAGGAAGUUUUAAAUGAAAUAAGACAAAAAGUAGCGGGAAAGAAAAUUUGGGUCUCAAUAGAUGAGACAACAGAUGCCGAGGGCCGCUUUAUUGCUUCAGUUAUUAUCGGUACAUUACUCCUCGAUCGUCCAGGUGAAUUUUUUUUAUUUAACCUCAAACAAUUACAGAAAAGAAAUCAUAGUACAAUAUGUUCCCUAUUUGAAAAUUCACUUUAUUUAUUAUGGCCUGACGGAAUAAGACGAAACGAUGUAUUGCUGUUUUUAAGUGAUGCUGCGCCUUAUAUGGUGAAGGCUGGUGAUACAUUAAAAGUGUUGUAUCCAAAAAUGGUUCACGUAACUUGUACUUCUCAUGGAUUACAUAGAGUCGCUGAACAAAUACGUAUUCAAUUUCCAAAAGUUGAUAAACUGGUAGCAAAUGUUAAACGAGUAUUCAAAAAGGCGCCUUAUCGUGUUCAAAAAUUUCAUACUGAUGCACCAAAUAUAUCACUACCUCCUGAACCUAUUCUGACACGUUGGGGUACGUGGAUUUCUUCCGUAUUAUAUUAUAGUGAAAACUUUCAAACUGUAAAAAACAUAAUUGAAAGUUUUGAUGAGAAUGAUGCGCUUUCCAUAAAAAAUGCUCAAAAAUAUUUUAAAAUUCCUCAAAUGAAAGGAAACUUGACUUUUAUACAUUCGAAUUUUGCAUGUCUUCCCAUAGCUAUAACGCGUCUACAAAAACAAGGUAUACCCUUAUCUGAAGGUAUUGCAAUCAUACAAGAUAUUUCAUCAAAGUUUAGUCAAUUAACAGGCACCGCUGGAAUUGAUAUUAAUAAAAAAUUACAAACAGUUCUCAACAAAAACAAAGGAUUUCAAAUUGUUUGUAAUAUUUCAAAAAUAUUAACUGGCAAAGAAGAGAAUGUAGGUGAUUUGGAUAUACCAGAAGAUUUAACCAGUAGCGACAUGGCGUAUUUUAAGUUUGCAUCAAUAACAUCCGCAGAUGUAGAACGAUCGUUUUCUUUAUAUAAGAAUAUAUUGGCACCAAUCAGGAGUUCUUUCAAGUUUGAAAAUCUCAAAAAAUCAUUAAUCUUACAAUGCAAUAAUUACUUUAGAGAUGCCGUAAAUGACGAUGAUGAAAAUCGCAAUUAAUUUAAAUUUAUAUAAACAUGUAAU